GUAGCCACAAAUACCUAGAUAAACACAAAUAUUUGUUUAUGUUUAAAAACAAACAUAAUAAACGCGCGUGGUUGUUACUAAUUAUUAAAUGUGGUAAUGAUACGAUAAAGAACGAAUGUCCAAAUAUACUAAAAAUUCGUUCUGCAGGAAAAUCAAAAUGCGCAUUUUUAGAAUGAUUCAAAUCAGAAAACUGACGGUGUUUUUGGCGAUAUUUUCAUUCGGUUUGAUAACUUUAAUUAUAUUAUCCAGAAACUCUGUUAUUAAUGACGUUGAUAGAGUUGCAAGACUAAAACAAAUUGAUGAGUUGAUUAAAAAUAAAGCAAGUUCGUUAGCUUGCAAACAGCCCAACCUUCCUGUAAAUGCUCCGGAAAUAAUGAAAUUUGUACAUUCUGUUCCUAAAUUGGACUGUUCCAAAGCUGGAGAGGAUUGGGUUAAAUGUGUGGGCCAAGAAUGUAGUAUACAGGAAAUGGCAAAAAUAAAAUAUGGACCUAUAAAGUGUACUUUUACGGAUAUUCUAAGAGUUGAUGACUACACAUCAAGCAAUGGCAAAUCUACUGUUUCUGACUCGUAUAAACUAGAAGAAAGUGAUGUGGUUCAAGUUGCGUGUACCGCAUCAGACAGCUCGUGGUCUGCGACUCUGACAGGAUUUAGACACCAAAACGACAUUUGGGAUAGAACCGGUUGGGAUAAUUUGCCACAAAAUGCCUUAAAAAUGGAUGUGUUAAUGUUCGGAUUAGAUUCACUUUCCAGGAAUGCCUUUAUAAGAAAAUUGCCAAAAUCGUACGAAUACCUAACUAAGAUUUUGGAAGGCAUUGUCUUGCAGGGCUACAACAUUGUGGGAGAUGGAACACCACAAGCCUUAAUCCCUAUUUUGACGGGAAAAACUGAACUCGAACUACCUGACACUAGAAAACGAUUAAAGAACACCAAAUUCGUCAACUCCUAUCCGUUUAUCUGGAACGAUUAUAAAGACGCGGGAUAUGUAACGGCUUUCUUCGAAGACGUACCCAACUUGAGUACUUUUACCUACAGAUUGAAUGGGUUCAAGGAAGCCCCGACGGAUCACUACAUGCGGCCUUACUAUUUAGCGAGCAUCAAAGAGCAGUACAAGUGGCCUAAACUAUGCACUGGAGAAAUCCCCAGGCAUAAAGUGAUGUUAAACGCUAUAAAAGAUUUUUUCACUGUUUACAAAACAAAACCCAAAUUCUUGUUCGGCUUCCAUGGAGAGUUAUCCCACAACGAUUAUAAUUUGGUCGGAAUACUCGAUGACGAUUUGUUAGAGUUCCUGAAAGAUUUAAAUGAGUCCGGGGCUUUGAAUAAUACUGUUCUAAUUAUUAUGGCGGAUCAUGGUCACAGGUUUGCAGACGUUCGAAACACAAUCCAAGGCAAGCAAGAAGAACGCCUGCCCUUCUUCUCCUUCACAUUCCCGACGUGGUUCAGGGAGAAAUACAGGAAGAUAUACAACAACUUCCAAAACAACCAAAACAAACUGGCCACCCCUUUUGACAUUUACUCCACUCUAAAGAACAUCUUACAUCUGGAAAACACCGGUACGGCGGACAUUUCCCAAAGAUCCGUCUCGUUGUUUUCAAAGAUCCCCCCCGAGAGGAGCUGCGCGCACGCCUACAUCGAACCCCACUGGUGCGCCUGCCUCGAUUGGAAGGAAGUGCCCACUUCCGAGCCCAUAGUGGAGCAACUGGGCGAGACGCUCGUUGACACGAUAAAUGAAUACACGAAAAAUUACAGACACCUGUGCGAGAAGCUGUCCAUCUCCCAGAUCCACUGGGUGACGAAGAUGUCGCCCAACCAGAACCUGUUGAAGUUCAACAAAAACGCCGAUAUCGACGGCUUCGUGGCUGACCUGACCGCGCACAUGAAAAUCGAUUACGAGAUGUACCAGAUCAAGGUGAUGCUGGCUCCCGGCAACUCGCUGUUCGAGGCCAGCAUCAGGCACGAUCUGGCCGGCGACGUGCUGCAGGUGAAGCUCAGCGACGUAAGUAGGAUUAACCUGUACGGUAAGCAGGCGAGGUGCAUCGAAAAUGACCUGCCCCAGCUUAGGAAGUACUGUUAUUGUAAAGACGAUGUUAAGUAGGUGUUUAUCGACUGAUCCUAGAUUGUAAUACUCUUAUUUUGGUAAGGGUGCUGAUAUUUCCUUCGUUUUUCACUCGGACCGCUGUUUUCUCUUUUGUGUUUGUGAUGUGAUGGCAUUUCAUAUUAAAAAAAUUAUCUGUGUUAGGUUCCGUGUCAAACUUGACUGUGUUGAAGUUAUUAUUUACACUUAGGAUCAAUUUUUCCAUCUACAAAUAAAGUAUCCAGUGAUUAUUUGUUAAAUAAGUCGAUUAUUGACACGACGGUGGAAAAUAAAAAUUUUUAGUUUGAUCUCAAAAUUUCAUUUUUUGACACAAAAUUCUGAAUUUAGAUAAAUACAAACGUAAAAGAUAAGCAACUCCAAAUUUCGAUUUUGAAUCUAAAAUUUCAAGGUCAAACACAAAAUUCGACAAAAUCAAAAUUGAAUUUUGUGUUUGAAGUCAAAAUUUUUAAUUUUCGCUUAAAAUAGGAAAUUUAGAGUUUCAGUGAAUAAGCGUGAAGUUAGAAAGUUUGACCUAUUUGUUAUAUACAUAUUUAUUUACCAAAUUUCGCGGCCAAACUCGAAAUUUUGAGUUUGAAAUCAAAAUUUCGAGUUCCAACUUAAAACUGAAAUUUUCAGUUCAAACUGAAAAUGUGAAAUUUAAACACAAAGUUUCAAGUUAUAACAACAUUUCAAACAAAAAUGCAAUCAAACUCGAAAUCAAAAUUUACAGUUGUAAUUCAAAAUUUUGUGUUUGAACAUAAAAAUAUCAUGUUCAGACUCAACAUUUUGAAUAAUUGUUUGAAACAGGAAAUUUAAUUUCUAAAUUUUGAGUUAUUAAAAGUAUAAUAUUUUGUUUACAAAUUUCACGAUCAAACUUGAAAUUUCGAGUUUGAACUCGACUGCGGAAAGUCAAAAUUCUGAGUUUAGAUAAAUACAAACGUGAUAAAAUAAACAACUCCAAAUUUGAUUGAAAUUAUGAAUUUUUAUUUGAAACAGGAAAUUUAAAUUAAAAAUUUCGAGUUAUUAAAAGUUUAGUACUUUUGUUUACAAGUUUCACGUUCAAACUUGAAAUUUCGAGUUUGAGGUCGACUGUGGAAAAUCAAAAUUCUGAGUUUGAAUUCAAAAUUUUUAAUCGUUUUUGUUUAAUAAAUUUUCAGUUCAAACUCAAAAUUUCAAGUUUAAACACAAAAUUUCAAGUUAUAUCUCAAAAUUUCAAACACAAAAUGCAAUCAAACUCGAAUUCAAAAUUUAUAUAAUCUACACAAGUUCAAAAUUUUUAGUUUGAACCCAAAAUUUCAU